UCCUGUUGCUGAUUGGCCCGGCGUCAUGUCAAUCUUCAUUUACUGCAUUUGAACCUAGGAAGCGUGCAAAAGAUAAGGAACAUAAUAAUUGCUCGAUUCAAAGUGUUUGUCUUAUUGAUAAAUAAAAUGCAGAAACAGCGAAACGCGUGUGUGUUGCAGAGUGUGUGUGUGGAGUCUCCUGUGGGAGAGCUUCUCCUGAGCGGCUGUGAGAAAGGAAUACACACCAUCACUAUUACUAUGGAAACAGAACAUAGGUCUGGGCUCAUUUCAGACCAGGCAGAACUGAACCCGGAGCUUCAGCAGUGUGUUACGUGGCUCCAGAGUUACUUUCGUUCUGCACAGUCAGUGAGCUCUCUUCCGUUUCCUGCCUUACAUCACCCAAUGUUGCAGGGAGACUCCUUCACUGCACAUGUGCUAAGGAUAUUGCAGUCAAGGGUACGAGUGGGACAAACCGUCUCCUACAAGGAGCUCAGCGAGAUGGCCGGAAACCCGAAGGCUUGUCGAGCAGUGGGCAGCAUUAUGAGGAGAAAUCCGGUUCCUCUGAUUGUGCCCUGUCAUCGUGUGCUGUGUAGCUCAGGUCAGAGUGGCAGAUAUAUGGCAGGCAAAGGAGAUGAUAUUAAACUGUGGCUGCUCUCUCAUGAAGGGAAGAAGGGUUUGACCUAACUGUUUAACCUGUGGAUACCGUUUCAGUUGUUCUCUGCCGGAUACACACCCUGAAAUAUUCACUGUUCAACAUUUUUUACAUGCAAAGUCUGGGUGUAUGUUCUGCUUCAGUAAUGAAAUCUAAAGUAACAGUUUAUUCACUUAAUCAGUGCAAGCAUAUGUUUUUAUUGUUACAGUUGAUGUUAACGUUACAGAUGUUGUCUUACUUUAUUGACCAAUAAGAUGAUAGUAAUAGAUAGUAGAUAGUCUAAUAUGGUUUGUUUUUACACCUUUAAACUGUACAUCAUUAGUUUGAGAUCAUUAGUUUACAAAUGAUCAUAAUUUAAAAAAUAAAGAUCAUACAAAUGGCAUCUUUAAUUAAUUCUGCCCUGAAUUUGCCAUUUCACGUAACAAAUAUUUACAUAGAAUUCACAAGACGCAAUAAUAAUCACACACUUUACACACACUCUAUUCUUAACACUGUGUUGUUAACUAGAUGGUCAGUGAGUGUUUUUCUGUUUUGGCAUCGUUGAUCAUGAGUCCCUUGUUUGUCCAGAGAAGUUAAACUGGCUACGGUUCUUCAGAAAAAUCCUCCAGGUCCUGCACAUGAUUUGCUUCUCUUGCAUCUUCUGCAUAUUUGACCCCUUUCCUACAGCUGCUAUAGGAUGAUGAGAGCCAUCUUUUCACACUGGGGACAACUGAGGGACUAACACACUAUAAACUAUUACAGCAUAAAGGUGUGCAAAAGGCUGCAAAAUACAGACAUCUAAAUCUAACAUCACAGAUUAAUUUAUCUCAGCCUUAAAAAGUUAAUAGUUAACAGAUUCUGACAUAAAAUUUCUACGUUUCAUUACAUCUCAGGAUCAUGAAUUUCUAGAAAGUGCCACCUUUAUGUGGAGAAAAAGGAGCAUUGAGCGCUGACAAAGUCAGACAGUGAUUCUCUCUAUUGUGGCUUAUUAAGAGAUUGAAUAUCAACUAUACCUGUUACUUAGCAGCUGUUAAACAUGUCACUUUUCUAGUAUUAAUCUGUUUCUGGGAUGUCAGCUUUCAGGCUUGUCUUAUAAAUAACAACAGAAAUGUAAAAGAGGAUUUGGAGCCUUUCUACUGCAAGGAGAUUAUGAUUAUAAAUCACUGUUAGAUUAUAUUCAUUUCAGUUCUACACUUUAAUGAGAACUGAUUGAUAACACUUCCUGCUCUCUGUUCCCUUUUAUCUGAUUUUCAUGUAAUCUUCAAACAAAGAUCAGUGACGUUUCUUCUAGGUGUUACUCUGUGACCUUGUCCAGGAUAAAAAGUACCUAGGUCUGUUUGUGUGCAGGCCACCAAGGUCACUUUUCUGUUAACGUUUGGUUCUAUUAUCAUGGCUUAUGCUGUAAAUAUUAUUAAAAUGAACCCUAACUGAAUUAAGAAACUAACACUUCGGAGAUAAAACUUUGUAUUUGAACUAAUGUCAUUAAUUAAUAAAAUUAAAUAAAAUAAAAUUUGUGGUUUUAAUUACACAUACUAUACUGGCUGCUGUAUAUUAAGAUUCACCUUUCCUGCUUACACGUGGAGAUCACAGCUAUCUGUGUCUUUUAACUAAUAUUUAAAUUCACAUUUAACUUCACAUAUAACCUCUGUACAAUAUAUAACCUCUCUACAAUUAUACAUACAAUGCACAUAUGACAUAUUGCAUUUUUUAUACUCCCUAUUCUCUACACAUAUUGUGCCUUUCUUGUGUAUGUUUAUCUAUAUACCUUACUGUACAUUCUGCCUAAUAUUUCAAUAUAUAUAUAGUGGACCUGUUUAUUCAGCUUGCACACAUGUUUAUUUACUUUUUAUUUGCUGUACAUAUGUUUACAUAUAUAUAUAUAUCUAUAUAUUGCAUGCUAUACAUAUUGUUGUGAAAAUGGUGGGUGGAAUGGAUGAUGAAGGAAAUGAAUGGUUAACUUCAUGCUCAUUAGAUGAACCUUUUGUAUGCUAUCCAACUUCAAACCCUAGUCUCAUAUUCCCAUACAAAAGAAAAGUGAGAUUAAGGCUACAAAUACCAGAACACAUAGAGCUAGGACAAAAAGACAAAGAGGAGCAAAAAAAAAAAGAAAAAGCAGCAGAAGAAAUAAAACAAGUGUUGAAUAAAAUAAGGAAUAUGAAGCUUGAGGAAUGAAGAAAUCAAUGGAUGAAAAAGGAUCAGACGCUGUACCUAGGCGGCUGGAAGAAGAAUCCAAAAGAAAGGAAGAUUAUAAUGCAUUAUGUUUUAUUAUAUUUUAUUUUAAGAAUUUCAGUAGAACUCUGAAUUGCUUUUCUUUUUCUUAUGUUCAUGUAUUCUCCUAUAAUAGAAUUGAUAAGAUUAAUAUUGCUUAUUUUGACUGUAAACUUAGAUGAUUAUGUUUCUGGUAGUGAAAGCUUAAAAGCCCACUGUGCAUUCGAGGGGAGAAAUCUGCACGCAAAGUGUUUCAACGCUCGCUGUCGAAUUCCACGGCAAUAGAAAUCUUCAGUCGUAUAUAAUCACAGCUUGGCAGUUGCAGGGAGUUAACUGCAAACAUAUAACCAUAUAUAGAAGUGUCAACCUUGAAGAUAAGGAAAAAACAUUAGCAGCACUCAGAGUCACCGACGAGAAAUGUUUGGGAGACGAGAUGUCGGCCGUCGAGAAAGCACAAAGAGGACCAAACCCGACAACAGUCUGUAUAAAAGCCCACCUUGAAUUACAUUGUGUGUGCAUUCUAGUGUAAACAGCCUCAGUGCGUGUUAUACUCUGUGUGCAUCAUAGAACAAACGCAAGCUUACACCUGAAGAGUUAAUUACUUAAUCACAUAAUCAAAUAAUCUUAAUUACUUUUACUUAUUCUAAUACUUUGAUUAUUUGAAGGAGAUUUUAUUUGUAAUUUUCUUUUUAUUUUACAUAUAUUACACACAUAUAUCUGUAUUAAACAACUUUUAUUAAAAACAAGGCCUCUCAUUGUGAGGAUCCUGAAAAGACAAAAAGCUCUAAGUCUGACUCCUUCAUUUAAAGAAGGCCCUACAGACACUCGCUGAUAUGAUCACAGAGAGUGAGCAACAACACCCGGACUCUGUACUAAUAAUUCUUGGGGACUUUAAUAAAGCGAUUCUCUCAUGUGAACUGCCAAAAUACAGACAGCAUGUUACAUGUCCCACCAGAGACAGUAACACACUGGAUCACUAUUAUACUACAAUAAAGGAUGCAUAUCACUCUGUCCCACGGGCAGCUCUGGGACUCUCUGAUCACUGUUUAGUUCAUCUGAUACCGACCUACUGGCAGUAACU